GAUCUGGCCGCCGAAGUCAAUCAACUGAUCGUCGUCGUAAGAAUACCAAGUCCCAAGGUCGAUCACGUUCACCAAGCAAAUCAAAGCAAUCCGAUGGUCGUAAAAACAACGUACCGCCACAACAGCAAAACCGAUCCCGAUCAUCAAGUCAAGCAAAUCGAUCACGAAGUCGAUCACGAUCAUCGCCCAACAAGAACAAGAAGAGUGACGGUCGCAAAAAAUAA